UUUCAAUUUUCUCUCUCACUAGAAUUAUUAAUCCCCAAAAGAAAAAUAAAAAGGGAAAAAUAAAUUAAAAAAAAAUCUCUCUCCAGCGAAAAAGAAAAUCUCCGAAUUCUGAAGGUUUCGUCCGUAUCCCAAAAUAUUCUUCCAUACUCCAUUAUCAUCUGACAGAGAGGAAACAGGCGAUUAUUACGUAUUAUCGAGUUUUUAUUUUUUAGUUUCAGUUGUUCUUCAUCUCGUUGUUCAUUUUUGGUUUCCGAUCAACGGAAUUUGGGCGACGAUGUCUUUGAGGCCGAGUGCGAGGACGGAGGUCCGCCGGAGCCGGUACAAAGUGGCGGUUGAUGCGGAGGAGGGGAGGCGUCGCAGGGAGGAUAAUAUGGUUGAGAUCCGGAAGAAUAAAAGGGAGGAGAAUUUGCUGAAGAAGCGCCGUGAGGGGCUUCAAUCCCAGCAAUUUCAGCCUGCUGUUAACGUUACACAGGUUGAUAAGAAGUUAGAAAGUCUCCCAGCGAUGAUUGCUGGGGUUUGGUCGCCUGACGCUGCCCUACAACUUGAGGCCACAACUCAGUUCCGUAAACUUCUUUCAAUAUGGUGCUGUCCAAUUUUCGCAAGACUUCUUAGUUCUCCAAGUGAUGAUGUUCGUGAGCAGGCAGUUUGGGCCUUGGGAAACGUUGCCGGUGACUCACCGAAAUGUCGUGAUCUUGUCCUUGGUUACGGAGCUUUAAUGCCAUUACUAGCACAAUUUAAUGAUCAAGCAAAACUAUCCAUGUUACGCAAUGCAACGUGGACUCUAUCUAAUUUCUGUCGGGGAAAGCCUCAACCCCAAUUUGAGCUGGUCAAACCAGCCCUUCCUGCUCUUGCUCAUCUUAUACAUACAAAUGACGAAGAAGUCCUAACAGAUGCUUGCUGGGCACUUUCAUACCUAUCUGAUGGUAUUAAUGAUAAAAUCCAAACUGUGAUUGAGGCUGGUGUGUGUCCUCGUCUGGUUGAGCUUUUACUACAUCCCUCUCCAUCUGUUUUGAUUCCUGCCCUCCGUACUGUUGGUAAUAUUGUGACUGGUGAUGAUACUCAGACUCAGGUUAUCAUUGAGCACAGGGCUCUUCCUUGCCUGCAUAACUUGUUGACACAAAAUUAUAAGAAAAGCAUAAAAAAGGAAGCUUGUUGGACUAUUUCAAACAUCACGGCAGGAAAUAGAGAUCAGAUCCAGGCUGUUAUUGAGGCUGGUAUAAUUGCCCCCCUUGUGGCUCUGCUUCAAACUGCUGAAUUUGAGAUUAAGAAAGAGGCUGCAUGGGCACUUUCAAAUGCCACUUCUGGUGGAACUAAUGACCAAAUCAAGUUUUUGGUUCGUGAGGGAUGUAUAAAGCCACUGUGUGAUCUUCUGGUUUGUCCUGAUCCGAGAAUUGUCACAGUCAGCUUGGAAGGUCUUGAGAACAUUCUCAAGGUGGGAGAAGCUGACAAGAGCCAAGGUAACACUGGCGAUGUCAAUGUCUUUGCCCAGAUGAUUGACGAUGCUGAAGGUCUUGAGAAGAUUGAAAAUCUUCAGAGUCACGACAACAACGAAAUCUACGAGAAGGCAGUUAAGAUUCUCGAAACUUACUGGUUGGAAGAGGAUGAUGGUGAGCUGGCAUCAGGCGAUGCUUCACAAUCUGGUUUCAAUUUCGGAGGUAGUGACCUUCCAGUUCCACCUGGCGGGUUCAAAUUCGGGUGAAGGAAGUUGUUAUAUUGUGUGAACGAAUUUACUAUGGAUCUGGCUGUGGGUUGAGUUGUUGUCGGUCUCUAAGGUUUUGCCAUGGAAGGUUCAAAUGUGAGUCGGGUGUAUGAAGAGAUAAGUCCAUCUUUUGUUUGGUCCCUCUGAGGUGGGUGGAGGAAUUAAUCGAGUCGUGUCGUGUCGUGUUGUGUUAUCAGCCAGUUAUUGCAAAUUUUUUGGGAUGCAAAUCAAACAACUUGAAAACUAGAGUCUUCUUCUUUUAUUCAUCUUAUUUUGGGGUCUGUCCUAUUAGUUAUUUUGAAUCAUAAAGUCUUUUUAUGUAAAUUAUUACAUGGAAUGCAUUUUGCAUGUAUGCUGCUGCUGGGUAAAUAAAGUUAAAACGAGUCAUAUAUUAUUAUUACAUGUAUCUCUUCAAGAUUUUUGUUCAAGUCAUAUAUUAAAAGGAGUCAUACAUUAUUGAUUUUUCUUUUUUAAUGUAUUUAAUUAAGUGUUUAAUAAAUGUUCUGUGGGUGUAAGGUUACUAGGUUAGCAUCUUAUUGCUGCCUUUUUGUGUAUUGUAUAUUUGCAAUUUGGCGGGCUGUUGUCA